GGAGCCGCUGCCGGCCCGGCCCAGGAAAGCAGCGGCGGAGCAGCAGGAGCCGCGACCGGCAGGUGAGCGAGCCGCGGGAGGCCGGCUGCGCCGCCCGGGGACGCGGAGGGGCGCUGCCCGGCUGGCUCCGAGUCCGUCCUCCUCGGGACCCCGGAGCCCCCUCGCCGCGCUCUCCCCAUCUCGCUUAGGGAGGAGGAGGGACCCCCGUCCCGGACUCGACUUCCAGGCUGGGGACCCGGGGGGGCGCCGGGGGGGGUGGCCCUGCCCUAAGCAGCGUCUCUUGGGGGGUGUCCUGUGGAAAGGGGGUCCCCCUUGUUUGCUAAUGGGGAGGAGAGAGGAGCCUUGCCGAGCGAGCAUCUCUUUGGGCGGGGGGGCAUCGAGGUCCUUUCCGGGCGCCCCCCAAGCAGGACGCGAAGGCAGCAGCCUUCCCCUGAUCUUCAGAGGUACACUGCCUUAGCACAUGGAGGCUUUACUUCGUUAUCCUGGCUGAUUACGCUCGAUACAUCUAGUUUCUGUCGAAUUCAUCUUAUCUUGGCAGCUAUUGCCGCAUCUUGCGAUGGUGAGUUCCACAGUUUUUGUAUGCUGUGUGUGAAGAAGUCCCUUCUCUUGGAUUGUCCUAAUCUCCUGCUCUUCUACCUUCAUUGUGUGGCCCCUGAGGGAGGGGAAACUUUUAUCUCUCCACACCAGGAAUAAUCUUGCACACCUCUGUGAUCUCUCUUCUUAUCUUUUCUCUAAACUAAAAAGACCCAAAAGCAGCCUUGCCUCAUAGGGGGGGUCUGUCCAUUCCCUGGAUCAGUUUGGUGGCAGGCUUAUGAACCUUUUCCAACUCUGCAAUUUAUUUUCUUUCUCUUUCUUUCUUUCUUUCUUUCUUUCUUUCUUUCUUUCUUUCUAGCUUCCAGAUCUGUGCGGCUGCACCACAGAUUUAUGCAAAGGCAUCAUGAGUCAAGGGCAGUUCUCUCUGCCUUGCCUAAUAAUUUCCCGUUUUUAACUGCAGCUGCAUGCUGAGGGCUCUUUUCCUCUGCUUCUAAAUAGUUGUCUCCGGGUGCAGUUUGGAUUGGGGCCAUUUUGCUGUGUGUGGGUGGGGGGUUUAACCCCUAGCUGUGCAAUUGGGUAAUUUUAGACUCCUAACUUCAUGGUCUUAUGGGAGCCCCCCACAAUUUAGGAAGCAACAUGCACCACUUACCUCAGAAUUAGGAUGGGGGCUCUAUUCUGCUGACUGGGCUUUGGGUUCCCAGUGCCCCACUGAUUAACCCUUCCCACACUUUAAACCACCCACCUCCUUUGCUCCCCAAGCUUCUAUUAGCUGUGGAGAGGUGCUCUGGAUAUUUCUUAAAUGACCACAGCCAGUUCAUACCCCAUCAGAAGAUAGAUAGAUAAACUUUAUUCGCAUUCACUUUAUUAUAGCCAACGGCCAUAGCAACAUAAAACAAGCAAUAUAUACAAUUAAAAAGACAACAAUGGGUAAAAAGGGCAUUCAAAUGACCAAGAUUAUUGUUCAAAUAGUGUCCCAUCAGAAUUUCACCCCCCCACCCACCCAAUAAACGUGCACCACAGAAAACCACACUUGUCUUUGAAAGUCCAUUUAGGAGAGAUCCUUCUGGAAAUCCUUGGAAAUUCCUCUUUCGUUUUUAACCACCCUAGAUAAUUUGGUACCAUCAGCAGACCUGGCCACCUCCACCCCAACUCCUGGUCGCAUGUUAAAAAGCACAACUCUCCAUAUUGGGUGGAAGAAAAUCUCUGCCUGCCUCCAGGGGCUCAUUUUCCAUUGUUUUUACCCCUGUGUUCAGAAGUUGGUUUAGCACCGCUUUCAAAACUUAUUUUUACCUGUUUCUGUGAUGUGUUUGUAAACUGUCUUGAAAUGCAUGUAAAAGUCAAUUGACUUUUUUAAUUAUAAUUAAAUAACAGUGAUCCUUGGAGGACCCCCCCUCCCCAGCUUUCUUCCCCCUUCCAUUGUGAGAACUACCCAUUUAUUAUUCCCUCCAGUUGUUUAUCUGGAAGAGGAACUUUCCUCUUAAUCCUAUCACUGCUGAGUUUACUUUGUGGAGAUGUUUUGGGAAGUCCAGGGGUAUCAUGUUUGCUGGAUGACCCUUAUCGAUGUGCUUGUUGACACUUUGAGAACACCCAGCGCCUGGCCUCUCUUUUGCAGGAGCUGCCAGGUGAGGCUUGCUCCACCUACGCUUCAGCAAUGCUUUCCAGGCCUGCAAUUCCUGGUUCUUUUAAAGUUUCCUUGGCUCCCUUCCACUUUUCCAAUACGCUGCAUAUCUUUGCUAAAAGUUCACCCGUCCCGGGCGAACGCCCUUUGACCCCACAGUCUGGCUUCUUAAUUCAUAACUUGCCACUGGAAUUUUUUGUCCCCUCUGUCUUGCCUUGGCUGUUGCCUCUUCCUCUGAGCCAAGAGAAGGGGAAAUGACAACAGGUACAGGGUGAGGAGUCACUUACACGGAUCAUGGCCUUGGACUGAGCCACCCACAGAUCGCCUGACAUGGAGCCCCAUGGAGAUCCUUGGUCCUCAGUCCUGGGCGGGGGGGGGCACCUGUUUCUGCCACCAAGUGCCCCCUCCUCUCCACCAAAAGGCUUCGGGGAUGGAGAGCUUAAUUGAGCUGGGGAGCUUCUCCCAGUGGCCCCCCAGGCAGUUUCAAGGGGCUGCUUCUUGCAGCAGUUCUGGCUGGUUUUACAAGGGGGGUGGGUCCAGUAAGAAAGAAAAUGAAUUAUUAUUAUUAUCACCUUUAUUUUGGCUAUGUAUACCCUGCUUUUAAAAUGCUUCCAAAUUAUGAGGGGGUGGGUGGGGAAUUCACAACAACACAACACAGAUUGAAAAUAAAUCCAGUUAAACAAAUAUUAAAGAAGCAGAAAACGGCACCAGAAGAGACAGAGUGGAAGAAAGGAUAGGAAACCACCUGUCUGAUAUGCCUGGGAGAUGAGAAGGGGGGGGGGAGGUUACCUGGAAGCCCCCCCACCCCAAUCCACUUCCCCAGUCAGUCCUCCCCCACCCCAGGAGUUAUCAUCAUAGAAAUGGCUUAGUCAAGUGGGGGUUGAUCAGGACUUUUCAGGGUCUUGCUUCCCUUCUCUGCCACUGGGGCUGGAGGAUAACUCAAUUUAUUUCGCACCCCACAAAAAGUUGCUUCCUUCUGCUGAAUCUGGAUUCUGCUUAAUUUUCAAAGCCCAAUUAAAACUUGACAGAACUUUGCAUCCCCUGACCUAGAAUUUAACGCUGUGUCCCCCCGUGAUGUAAUGUGGUGCUUCUCCCUCAUCCUCUGUCCCCCCCCCCCCAUGUAAGCGGCUACUAGUACUAUUCAUGGUGGCCGGGCAGGCGUGUGUGUUGAGGGUCUUGUGUCUCCUUGGUCUUCCUCCUCUCACCACUUAGAGGUGUGAUUGGGACCUCCUUCUUUGAGGAGGUGGCUGCUCCUGUGACUCCAGACCCCUUGGGAGCUCUCCCAGGGCCAAAGCAUUUAUCGCUUUCUGUUUCUUGCAGUUUGGAGGAGCCCACGUGAAGAAGGCCCCGCUUGCCUCCCGCCGUCCUCGCCUUCACCCUCUUCACCGUCGUCAUGGCUCCCACUCUGGCUACGGCCCACCGGCGGCGCUGGUGGAUGGCCUGCACGGCUGUGGUGGAAAACCUCUUCUUCUCUGCCGUCCUCCUGGGCUGGGGCUCCCUCCUCAUCAUGCUCAAGUCCGAGGGCUUCUACUCCUACUUGUGCCCCCCGCCAGGUAAGGGGAGAAAUGGCUUCCCAGCUCUCCUGGGAGUGCGCAUGUGCUGCUGGGGGAGGCGCCUAUGCCACCAGGUUGGGAUUCUGGCCAGAGCUGACCUUGCUUCCUCCCUCUGCAUUUGCCAGGCAGGCCUUGGGAACAAACUUCCAUUCCUGGCCAGCUUGAGCUGCUUCUCAACCAGCUCAACUGGACACAGCAUUUGCAGGCCAGGCUGGAAGCUGGCCUGGGAAAGGGGUGUGUCUGUGCGUGUCCAAGUGCCGUGCUCUGUGCUGGAUGUGGCAGGGGGGGCGGGGUGGAGCAUGAGCCACAGGCUGACCAGUGGGAGAAGAAGACCCUCUCUCUAAACUAAGUUUGGAAGGAUUUCCUUACAUCCCAGGUAGGCAGGAGUGGGUGGUUCAGAGUAGUAGUAGGAGUGCUCCCUGAGCAUCCCCACAUGCCACAUAUUUCCCCCCUUCCUGAAGUGGGCAAAACCUGUGGCUCUCGAGAGGCUGCUGAACUACAACUGCCAUCAGCCCCAGCAAACAUGGCCAAUGGCCAGAAGAGCUGCAACUCACCGGCAUUUUUAGGGCCAGCGUUUCCCACAGCCCACCUCCCAAGCCCUUGAGGGAUUUGGCGCCGUGGGCCUGGGCUUCUCGUAGGCUGUGAUGCCCCCUUGCCCACUGGGCCAGUCACUGCCAGGAAAUUGCCCCCCCUCGUACACCCCCACCCCCAGGACUGAGUGGCCCCCAGUGUUGAUAGCAGGAUCUCCUAUCUCUCUCCUCUCUCUCCACUGCCUUUCCUGGCUUCCCAGGCUCUGCUCUGGGCGCUUCCCUUGCAACAUCUAAUGAUUAGCUUGUAAAUGGAUCUAGAUGAUUGCCAAAGAUUAACAGCUGCGAGGGGGGGGCGAUGAAGCAAACACUGGAGCGACUAGGUGGACUCUGUUGCUGCUCCCCUCCUGCUAAGGCUGGAGCAGACCUUACUGGCCAGGAGAGAUUUAUUUAAAACAGCAUCUUCUCCUUCCCCCUCCCCACCUUGGCUGCUUACAUAUUUGCUAAGGGCCUUAAAGCUUAUCAGAAGACUUCUGCUAAUCUGCAGAAAAAAUGCCUUGUGUUGCAAUUGGAAAAAGGUGCUGCCAUUUAUUGCUCAGUAAUGACCGAGGAGACAUUUCCGGUUUAGGGUGGUGGAGUUCAGUAGUUUUGGACUCUGGAAUUAGUGGUCUUGUGCCCCUCCCUGUCUAGGGAACAUCAGGCCUAAGACAACCUUGCUGUGCCUGCUCCCCACCCCACCCCUUCUGCUCAUGCUACUGACUGGGCUCGGGCCCUGGCAUCUCUCCUGCCCCUGAUGGUGCCACGACCCCUGCAGGUGGCCUCUGAUGAUGAAUCUGGCAGGCCAGUCCUGGGCUAGUGGGGCAUUCCUGCUGCCUUUUGGACCAGGAGUUGAGUUGGUGGGCAGGCAAACAGACUGGCCUUUGCUAUCUCAGGGCUGUCCUUGGUCCCCGUCCUUGGGAGCAACAGUUGUAAGAGGAGGCAGCAUCCAAAGAAGUCUGUUGGAAGCUGGCAGCCUCCUGGGGCUCUUGCGGGUGCCCAGCCUUGUGUGUGUAUCCUCUUUGUUGCUCUGUCCGGCUUGGUCAGGACUGCCCUUUGGAUGCCAAGUCAAUCUUUCACUGGGUCUGAAGAGAUGCCCCAUUCAGGGCCAGGCAGAGGUUUGGUGGAAAGCAAGAGGCCCAGGGUGGUCCCUCAAGGGAUGACUGUGCUCUGGGCUGGUUUCCUGCCCUCUGUGGCUGCUUCUGCUUCAGCUCCCGGAGGCAGGAAACAGGCUCCCUUUGCCAGAAAAGAGAAACUGAGAUUGCUGAGUCAACGCAGCCAAGGCACAGGGCAGGAGGGGUGGAGUCCAGAGAGCAAGGGUCAAGGUGUGGGGUCACAGCCAAAGGGAGCCCCAUUCCUCGGCUGGGACUCUGGUGUGGGGCUGUUCUGCAAGGCACAUGGCUCCUUGUGAGAUCUUCAGCCUCCUCUGUGCCAGGAGGGACUCUGGACCCUCCAGAAUGGGUGCUGGCUUCUCACCCUCACCCCCAGAGGGGAGCUUCUACCUAGAGAGAAGGGACCCUUCCACCCCCCAACCUGGCUCACCCGCUCCUUCUACUCUGCCCCAGUCUUAAUCGGUUGCCCCACUAACCUGUUGCCCUAGUAACCUGUUGAGCCAGCAUCUUCUCCCUGCUGACUCUGCUUCCCUUAUCUGCUUUUAUCUGGGUGUCUAGGGCUGCUGCUGCUGCUGUUUCUGCCUGCGUUUUCCUUCCAGAGUGGAGCUGAAGGCUGGGGGGGGGGGAGGGGGGGAAAGAAGGGUCUUGCUCUGUGCAAAUCCUGUGUCUGCUCUCGCUCCGCCCUUCCCUCCCUGGGCAGACGGCUGAGAUCACCCUGUUCUCCUUCAGUUUCCUGGGUUAAUGAAUGUCAAAGAGGCUGCCUGGAGGCUGCCGCCUGGCCUGCCUGGAUUGUGGCUGGGGGACAUUCUGUUUGUGGGGUGGGGAGGGAAAUGGCACAAGCUUGAGUUGCAAGUAGGAAGCUGCCUCCAAACUCUCGGCAGGCUGUUUGUUGAUCCAGCCAGCUCAGGUUUAUUGCCUUCCCCGGCUUCCAGAGUCUCAGCGCUAAGCCCUCUGCAUCACCUGCUACCUGAGAUCCUCUUAGACAUCCUAGUGCCUUCAGAAUGCAGAGUGGGGAGCUGUUCAUGGGGGGGCACUCUGGUGUGUCCUCCCCCCCCAACCAGUGUAUUUUUCAUUGAAGUCACCCGCUGGAACUUGGCUCCAACUUCUCCACCUGUUGUUGUCAUUAUUUAAAAGAAGCCUGUGGUGGUUUGUACUUGCGUGUAGCCUGAGUCACACCCACCCAGGACUCCCAGGAGAGCUUGGGCAGCCGUAGGGCAGAGGGAACCCCUCUCUGGUGGACAGGGAGCCAGUUAAGCCACAAUGGCUGUGCACUCCCUCCCCUCUUGGAAGCAGUAAAUGCACCCCACGAAUGCCUGUUGCUGGGAACCAUGAGUGGGGCUGUUUGGGGCACCUGGCUGGGCGCUGUGGGCCUCCUGGGGCCUGAUCCAACUGCUGCUCAGGGCUCUCCUUAUGCUUCUAUGCAGAAAGUAUGAAAUAAGUGGGUUGCAGGGGAAGAGGACUGAGGAGUAGACACCCCCAAGGAGAUUCCUGGUUGGGCCUGGGGCUAACGAAUGAGGGGUAACAAGCCAGGGCUGAGCACGGAGGUGGCACCACCAGUGAAAGACCACCAAAGGGCCCAGACUGGAUUGGGUGGGAUUAAGAAUGGCAGCCAAGCUCCUGCACAAGUGGGGCCUGCAGCAAAAUGUUGCUGCGUAGGGAGUGUUCCUGUUCAGACCCCCACCUUGGCUCCGGAGAGCUGUCCCAUCACCCCAGCUUGGCCCGCAGGUCCUUGGGCUGAUCAUCCUCCGUGCCCUCGAUGCCCUCAUGCCAGGUAGGAGUGCCUGUCACCUGAGCCGGGGCUUCUCAAGGGCAUGGCAAAGUGUCCCCUGCCAGAACCUGUGUUUCCACUACAAACAGUCCCCUGUUUGUGGUGAGGCAGCUGCUCCUGCAAAGCCAGUCCUGCGCUCAGCUGGUAACUGGCCUGACUGAGCUGCAGCCGAGGGAGCUCAGGUCACAGGCAGCCUCCAGCUGGCAGCCCCCCUCCCUUGCCAGUGGCUGCUCUGGUUUUCUCUGAACCCCCCCCCCCUUUGGCAGAGUCUGCCCUUCCCCCUCCACCUGUUUCCUGCCUCUCCCUCUCGGUCAGGAGGACCCCCCCCCAGGCCCUGCGUGCUUGAGCUGCUCUGCGGGUGCCCAGGUGAGGGAGCGUGUCUGCGAGUUUAGUUAAUAUUUGCACAGAGCCAUUGGCAAUAGAAGCCUCCCUCGCUGGGGUGGGGGAAAGGGGUGGGUGGGCAUUAGGUUUGAAAUGGGUUUGAAAUGUUGGGUUUGAAAUGGGUUUGAAAUGUUGGGUUUGAAAUGCUUCUGAGCAAGGGGUGUGUGUGUGUGUGUUGUGCUUCUCUGAGCUCACAGCUGCAGCAGCAGAUUGGGUGAUUGAACAGAGUCUGUCCAUAUUGCUCAGUAUUUCCCACACUGGCUGGCAGCAGCUCCCCACAGCUACAGGCAAAGGGUCUCUUGCUUGGGGAAGGACUGUGGCUCAGGGGCAGCAGACAAUCCUGGGUUCAAUCCCCGCUGAAGUCCCCAGGUAGGGCUGGGGAAGAUUCCCUGCCUGACACCCUGGAAAGCUGCUGCAGCCAGAGUAGGCAGCACUGAACUAGACUGACCAAGGGUCUGACUUUGUAUAAGGCCUCUAGCUCCCUGUGUUCCUGUGCCAAGCAGAUGUUCUACCACUGAGCUCAGGCCCCUCUAUAUAUGCCUGGAGAGCCUUUGCUGCCAGUCCGCGCAGAUUAUAUUGAGCCAGGUGGGUCGCUGGAUGGCUUUCUGCUCCUAAUGGCCGCUGGAGGUUUUCUGCUCCAGCCACCCUAUUAGUCCCAAAGGGUCCUGAGAGGCUGAGCUUCCUUUUGCAAUGGCUGCUGCUGCCUGGGCUGACCUCCCUCAUCCCCCUCCAGAGAACUCCACCAGCUCGGCGCACACCAGUCCCGCCAACUCCUCCCUGGCGAUGGGCAACCGGACGGUGGCAGCAGCCCUGGCGGCCCCAGAGCCUGAGGUGCGCAUGAACGGCUGGCUGAUCUGCAAGGAGCAGGAUGAGAUGCUGAAUCUCGCCUUCACCGUGGGCUCCUUCCUGCUCAGCGCCAUCACCCUGCCCCUGGGCAUCGUCAUGGACAAGUAUGGCCCCCGCAAGCUGCGGCUGCUGGGAAGGUGAGGCUGGGGGCUGUUGGGUUCCUGAGCAGGGGUCUUGCGAGGGUCCCCCCCCAGGCAUCAGACCAGGCCUGCUGGGUCCAAGCUGGAGGUUUCCUGAAUUGAAGCAGAACUGGUCUUUAGCGCAUGCUGGGUGUUUGUGGGUAUUUGUGGGUGUUGGUGAUUUGUGUGUUUGUUUGUUUGUGUGUGUGUGUUUGUGUGUGUGUGUUUUCCCUUGCCUGAGCCUUUGCUUUGCCCCCAACUGCAGGAGGCAGUGACAGCCAGCAACUGGGAUGGCUUUAGAAGAGGAUAAGGGAAAUGGGGGCAGGAAUGUCUGCUAGCCAGUGGCCACUGUGGCUGUGUACUGCCUUUCACUGGGUGAGGCUGUCUGCCUCUGAGUACCAGUUGCUAGGAGUCUCUGUUGCGCUCAAGCCCUGUUAUGGGGCUUCCCUUGGGGGUGCCUGGAUGGUUCCUGUGAGGACAGGAUGUGACCAGGCGGGUCCCCUCUGGCCUGUUCCAACUACUUCUGACAUUCUUAUGAGUGCCUAAGGAUCACUCAUACAGAGAACAUAAAGAGCAGCCUGCAGGAUCAGGCCCAAGGCCCAUCCAGCCCAGCAUCUUGCUCUCUCAGCUGCCUGCGAGAGUCCCACAAACAGCGUUUGUGCACCAGAGUCUUCUCCCCUCCUGUGAUUUCCAGCAACUGGUAUUUGGAAAGAGGACUGCCUGGUCUAGCACCUGGGACUCCAGAUUUUUGGGGGCUGGGAUUAAAGGCAAAGAGCCUGGGGUGGGUGUGGGGAGAACCACCAUCGCAGCUUGGGAAGCUCCACCUGCUGGUGCCUGCAGGCCAGACUGCUCUUAAAAGCCCAGGAGCAAACCAGUGGUAGAAAGCUGGCCCUUCUCUGCAGCAGAAGAGGGGGAGCGUCCUUCUCUCCGGGGGGUGAACCUGCAAACAGGCCAGCCGCCCCCAACCUUGUGUCCUCCAGGUGUUGCUGGACUCAGCUGGCACCACCACCACCACUCCCUCCCCCCCCCUUUGUCUUGAGUUUGGGCUGUGGGGCUCCCCCUGCUCUGCAAGUUUGGCACUUGCCCUGAUCCAGCACAGAUGUCUUGGAAAGUAGACCGGAGAGGAAGAGGGGAGGGGGAAACGAGGGGCAAAGAGGGAAGCCUGUAUCAGUCUGUCUUCCUGUUUCAGCCUCCAUUAAUUGGGAGGAAAUCAGAAAAAGUGACGAAGGCAGAGGAACCAUAUCUGCUGGCUUCAGGUAUCCCUGUGCUAAGACAGACGACAGACAUGGCAAGGCAGACAUGCCCCCCACCCCAUCAAUCUUUCUCAUAAGCUCUGCCAGCCUGUGACCAGUUGCCUUUUCCUCCAUUGCAGCGCCUGUUUUUCUGUUUCCUGCGUCAUGAUCGCCUAUGGAGCCAGCAACCCGGACUGUAAGUCGCCUAGUGGUUGGGGGGGGGACAGGGGACGGGAUCCCUGUCUCUAGGGGAAGGGGAGGUUGCUGUGGGCCAGGGGCUGUCGAGUGAGGUUUGUGCCCAGUCCUGCCUCCAACCUGGACUCCACCUUUUGUGGCCUUGGCGGUCUUUGGGUGGCACCUGAGAAGCCAAGCUGGUUAAAAGCACUGCCUGAAUCAAGGCUGAGCAGUCCCAUCUUCCCUGGGCAUUGGCCAUCUUGGGUGAGUCUGAUUGGACAGAAUUCAGCCACGUUUGAAGGGUGAAAAGUCAUUGCCCCCCCCCGCCGCUGCCCUGGCCUUAAAUGAUUAGACACGGCAGCAGCUGAGAGUUGAGGGGUUUUUAUUCUCCAACUAUGUGAGAAAGGGCACAUCUACACAGGGGUACAGCACUUCCCGGUCCAGUCCUGGGCAUCUCCAGUGAAAGGGGCAGGAGAGGCCCCUGCCUGAAAGCUACUUUGUGGGGAGGGAGCUAUAGGUCCGUGGGGAGAGCCCUCCCCAAAGUGGGGGGCUUUGCAGCAGACAUUGUCCCUGGUUCAAGCCCUGGCAGCCACCUCUGCGGUUACAGGAGGACCAGGUCACUGCAGCUGCUGGCAUCAGGAAGACCCCAGAGAAACUGCUGCUGGUCUGGGCAGAUGCUCAUCUACAUGGACCUGCAGUAAAAGGCAGCUCUGCUCAUGUUCUCAUUCAGAACCACAAGGACUACUAGAAUCUUCCCUUUGGGGGAAGGACCACAGCUCAGUGGCAGGGCAGAAGGUCCCACGUUCAGUCCCUGGAAGAAUGUCCCGUUGCAAAAGGAAUCUCAGCACUCUGUGUGGGAUGGAGCUGGGGAGGGGGUGGCAGAUCUGGCCCCCUCCCUGUUUUGCAAAGCUGGGGCUGAGCUAGAAGGCCAUUGGGGGUUUUGCUGGUGGGCCUGCUGCCCCAUUGACGACCUCUGCCCUCCCUCCUUCCCUCCUCAGCUCUGUCGGUGCUGAUCUUCAUGUCCCUGGCACUGAACGGCUUUGGGGGGAUGUGCAUGACCUUUACUUCGCUCACGGUGAGUGCAGAGAGAGUGCGCUGGGAGGACGGGAGGGGCUCCCUGUACCUGGCAGCUGAUGCCCCCCACCCCAGAGUCCCUGCCUGGCCUCCCCUUCACCCCUCCAGCCCUUUCAGGGACCUCAAAAUGGGAAGAGCGAAUGAAUCUGCCAGGACUGAGGCCUCAUUGAGGAAGUGGAGGCGUCUGGGGCCCAGGGCUGUUUUUUCCGCUUGUCUUGAAGGCUUCACUUCCUUCUCCCGAAUCUUGCACAUUCUCAGGCUCCCUUCACCCCUCCCAGCCGUGGUUUUGUUGCACCAAAGUCUCUUGGAAAUAAAGAUGUGGUUACAGACCCCCAAGCGGUCCCCUGCCCCAAACUGGGUUGAGAACAGGAACGGGCUGUCGGGGGGGGGGUUCUGUGUUCCCAAAUCUCCUGGUCCCCCACAGCACCCAUUGACUCUGGCUGUGAAACAGUCUGGAGAGCAGAUAUUGGGGUAUUUUUUGAGGGGGGAGUUGUCAGUUUUUCCAAUCCUGAAUGGGCUUUGCCUGGACCCAGGCUGUGUGCUCCCUCCAAGCCGGGGCUUCCUCUGAGCAGAAGGGACCUGGGGGGGUCCCUAAACCCAGGAGGCAAUCUGCUUUCCGGUUCCCAGGAUGGCCUCCCAGAGACCCUCUUCUGGCAGCUGGAGGGGCUCAAGAGUUUUAUCUGGGGUGCUUUCCCUCCAGGCAGCCCUAAGCCCCCCAGCACCUCUCCUCCUGCAGGGGUGGGCCUCAGCCCCCCCCCCCACGGGUGGCGUACAGCACUGCAGUGCAGUCCAGGAUGCGGCUGGAGCCGGCUUCCUCUUCCCCUCCCCUCUCUGAACGCAGAACAAAUCUGUAAGCUGCUCGCCUCCUCUGCUCUGGGGUUAUUUAAGGACCCGGCUGCUGCAUUGCAUCCAAAGCGCUGCAGCUAGAGAGGCGGGGGGGGGGGGGAGGGACGGAGCCAGGUGGAAGCUCCCCCCCCCACAUCACUGCCAACCCCCCCUUUCCUGCUAGAGAGAUCCUCACAGCAGGAAUAUCCUCAGCCGUGUAAACAGGCAGCUGCAACAGGAGCCCGGGCAGCCUUUGGAAAAAGCAGCCAAAUCUCUCUGGGCAUGUUGAGGGGGGGGCCUCUUGAGCUGGGGGAGGGUGGAGAACAUCAUAGUCUCUGCCCCCUUCCCUGGCACCUCCCUGUGUCCCCUUCAGAUGGUUGGCAAGUGAAAUGUCUCUUCAGAUGGCAGCCAUGGGGCAACAUGUCUGGAAGCCGGGGAAGGCUGACUGAGCAGGGAAGAUAUGAGUCUCCCACUUCUCUCCCCCCCACCCCCCGGCCAGUUCCCUUCACAACUUGGUUUCUCUUUUCCAUGCAAGGCUAAGAUAUCUUCUCUCCUGGCCAUUGCUUGCCCAGACAGGGCAAGGGCGGGAGCUGUUUUUCUGUUUCCAAAGUGGUGCUUCCUUCUCCUGUUGGCCCCUUGUAGGGAUGCUUCUCCCACUGCAGCCUCUCAGGGCUGGAGGGAGCGAGUGUGCCUGGUGCCUUUGGUGUGCAGAAGCUGCAGGGUGGCCGAGGGUGGGGCUGAGAGAGGCCCAAAAUGGGCACCAGAGUUCAUAGAGGAAAUAGUCCCAUUUACCGUAAUAUUCCGCUGGACCGUGUUUCUGAGUCAAGGCUGGUGUGUGCUUCCAGAGGUCAAGUGCCAGGCCAGCCAGCCAUUUCCUCAGAGGCUUAGUGGGGGCAGCUGGCUGGACAAUGCCCCCCCCCCAGCUUCUUGCUGGGCCUCUUGCACGCAGCCUAACCCAGCAGAGCACAUUCAGCCGCAGCUGGGGAAGGACAAGACCUGAGACGUACGUGCACAUCCAGGUCUUGUUUUGUUGGCAGGCAAGGCAGCCUGGAACGGUGACUUCGUCAACACUGCCCUCGGCUGCCUCCACACAGACUUGCCCCGGCCUUUGCAAUCUUCUUCCCACGAGGGCGAGCCCGGGGCAAGAGUUGUUUUGACACUUGGGAAACUGCCUUGCGCUGAGUCAGCGCAUUUGCACCCCUCGUUCUGGGCUCUCUCCUCCGACUGACGGCAGCUGCCUUUUUUGAACCCAGAGCCUUCUGCAGGCAAACAAGCCGUGGCAUUUUCUCACUUGGAUCCUGGAGGGAAAAGCCUGAUGUCGCAGAAGAGUCUUUGCCCCACAUGUUGCCAGGGGGCUGAGUGGAUAUACUGAGCUUGCGUGUCAAGGGACAGCCCUGGCCCCGGAGGAAGCCCCAGGGUGGGUUGUGGAGGGCAGCAGAGUGCGUGCAGAGAGCAAGCCUUGCAAAGCCCCAGCCCCACCUUGUCCCUUGCCUCGGAAGAGGGAGGGUCCCUUUGUCGGCUGAGCCACCUCCUGGCCCACUUGGGGGAGAUGGUAGUCAGGCUUGCUGGCUGCAACUGGUGUGGCUUCUGACAGACCCUGCAGGGCUGGCUGCUUUUGGGGGACACUGUGCUCUCGUUUUGUAUUUUCACCUUGUGAACCAUCCUGUGAUCUCCACGUGAAAUGCAGGGUACAAAUUAAAUAAACGAAUGAAUUUCCUGUUCCCUGGCAAGCAACCUCUUCCAGCUCUGAGGGGGCUGUAAAGGGCUUGUGAGAGGCUUCCUCUUGCUGGCUGGACACCUGUCUUGGCUUGCAGGCAUUUGAAAUGGUACCAGAAAGCCUGCAAACUGUGUGGGGACGCCAGGGGGUUACGGGGCUCUCAGACGGCUUUUAACUCUUUAAAAGGGGGAAGGCAAAUCUGCCUCCAGCAUUGGAUACCACAAGAUAUGGAGACCUCCCUCCCAAAGCUACCCUAGGAAGCCUCUUGAUGAGCCUGGCAGCAGCCGCCCCGCCCUCCUGCCCCCCUGGUUUCUGCUCCCGAGUAAACAGGCUCCUUUCCUCCCCACACAGCCCACCUGCCCUAACCCUCCCCUUCUUCCUGCCUUCCUUCCUUCCUUCCUUCUCAGCUGCCCAACAUGUUUGGCGACCUUCGCUCCACCUUCAUCGCCCUCAUGAUUGGCUCUUACGCCUCGUCGGCUGUGACCUUCCCAGGAGUCAAGGUAGGUUGGCUGGAGCUCCAGCUUGUUGCUGCCGGAGGCGGAUGGGGUCCUUUUCCAGUGAUGCAGGCGAGUGGCGCUGUGGGGAGCGGGGGUCCCUUGUCAAAUGCAGGGAUGGGCGCUCUGGGGGAGGUAUUUAAACUCCUCCAGCUUCUCUACAGUGACUGUCUGCCCCCCCCACUCCAAAAAAAGGGAUGCCGUCUGUUGAGAGAGCAAUGGGGGAAUUCUCAGUAACUGGCCUUGGCAUUUCAGUCAUUCUGCCAGCUUCCUGCUACUGACCCCCCAAAACCUCAAUGCCACCGUGAAGUGAGAUGAGCUUUCCUAGAAUUCUGCUGGCCCCACGAUGAGAAUGUGAAGGUCCCCUUAACCAAGGGGUUGCUUAAAAUACACAAAUAAACUGGAGGAGAAUAAGCAGAAUUCAUAUUUUUAACCCACUUGUGGCUGACAGAAUAGGCAGCCAUGCCCAGCUUGUCUUUCCACGGAGGAAUCUGCAGGAAAGAGGGCAUUAUACCAGGGGCCUCUUAUUGCAAACUGAUGGACAGAAAAAGCAGGAUGGAAAUAAGACAUUUGGGGCAGCGGGUGCAGAAUCCAGUUCCAAAUCCCCAGACUCCCCAAUGCCAGCUGUGGGAAGGUGCUUUUUGUUGGCUGGACGAGCUGUGCGAUUGGCCUUGAGGCCUGACAUGGGACAGGAAUCCCCAAGCAGCAGGUCAGGGGAACAGGCCCAGCACUCUCCCUUUUCGUUCCCGACCUCUGGCAUUGGGGAAAGGGCCCCUCGGCUGGUAGGGCUACUCUGUUUUGCCAUCAAACACCUCUUGAUAGCGCCCCCCCCAUACAUUUGUCUCAUCCCCUUUGAGGUUGACUGUGACGACUUACGGAAUUCAUUGCAAGAAGAUGCAGAGUUACAUGACAGAAAAAUAGAUGGAGCAUCUUCUGUGCUUCUGCUCUGACAUCCGGACUCUUCCAUGGCAAAUGCCUUCGACCUGAGAUGCCCCCCUAGCCCGGGGGGAAGGAGGGGGUCCUGCUGCUGUCGCUACCUCUGGUGACCCCCAAGGGCCUGGCUGGUGAUGGCUGCCUUUCCUCCCUUUGCCCCUCCAGGUGAUCUAUGACUUUGGCGUCUCCUUCAUCCUUAUCCUGGUUGUCUGGGCUUGCUGUGCAGGCCUUGUCUUCUUCAACUGCUUCUUCAACUGGCCCCUUGAGCCCUUCCCAGGCCCAGAAGACAUGGACUACACGUAAGUCCUGUUGGUGUGUGUUGAGGGGACCCUUGGCUGCCCUUCUGAGACCCCCCCCUCAGGCUUUCCUUAGGAUGGGUGGUGGCCGUUCCUGGGAAUUUUUCACCUCGUCCGCCACAGCGCAUUGAAUCGUAGAAUUGUUGCAUUGCAAGGGACCCAUCUAGCUCACCCCCUGCAAAACAGGAGCUUGCCAUUUCCACAUUACUUCCACGAGACAACCCUAAAACACGGCAAGUAAAAUAUGCUGAGGGUAUUGUGUUGCACUCAUGAGCAAGGCCUCUCCAGAGCUUCAUGCCAGCCAGGGGUGGGUGGGUGUUUGGGGACGCGGGCAGGGCAUUUCCAAACCACCACUCUUUUAGGGUGGGAUUCAGCAAAUGAGAAGUUUGUGGUCCCGGAGUGGCUGACGCCUCACCUCCCUGCAGGCAGUCCGGGGCAGAUGCUCCCUUGAACCGGGUGCCGUCAGCAGCCCAGCCCGGAUGCUGCAAGUAGGGCAGCAGGUCAGGCAGACGUCACAACUCUCCUCUGCCCUCUUUCUUCCCACUGGACAGGGUGAAGAUCAAGUUCAGCUGGCUGGGAUUCGACCACAAGAUCACUGGGAAGCAGUUCUACAAGCAGGUGACGACGGUGGGCCGACGCCUGAGUGUGGGCGGCUCCAUGAAGAACCCAAAGGAGCUGGCUGCCCUGCAGGAGAGCAAGAACCUCUGCCUCUCCACCGUAGACUUGGAAGUCAAGUGCGAGCCGGACAGCGCAGGUGGGGCAACCAGCAAGAUGGUCCUAUGCUUGUCUCUUCCUGGACCCACAUGUGUGUGUGUGUGUGUGUGAGAGAGAGAGAGAGAGCUGCCAGGGCUGCCAACCCCCCCCCCCAUGUGGAAAUGCAACUUUGUCUUACUGCUGUGUGUUUCUGGUGAUGCAGAGUCCACUGUGAGCUGCCCCCUCAGCUCUCCAUCGGAGGAAGGACUGGGGACGUCCUGGGAAGGGCCAUGGUCUACUCUUCCUCCUCCUCCUCCUCCUCCUCCCCCAGGGAGCAAAUGGCCCCCUGCCCAGCCCCAGGGCCAUUCCUCUCUCUCUCUUCCAGAGGUUUGGCAGGAGCUGACCAAACCAUGAAAGACACGGAGAGGGUUGUCUGCCCCUUUACUGAUGUUGGAGCACUUCUUUUGUCUUUGUGCUGAUAUUCAGCAAGCCCCCCUUGGUCCCCAGCAGAGUGUCCAGAAGUAAAACAAGCACAAUCUUAGUAAAAACUGCGCCAAAUUUAAAGCUCAGAGCAACAUGAAAAGCAGUAUCACGAAACGCACAGCACAGGAGGAAAUUGCUUCCUCCACUUGUGUGGGCCACACACUUUGGCCAGCCAUGUCUGCGCAGUUUCCUCCCAGCCCCAGCGAGUGAUCUGAGGCUACGCAUUUGCAGGAUGAAUGCAGAGUGUUCUUUGGGAUGGCCAGGCGGCCCCGGCCAGCAGGAGCUGCCUCGGUGACCCUGUGCUGGCCAAGUGGCCCAGGGGGCAACUGGCAUCUCCCAAGGAGCCACCACCCCCCUUCCUUAUUUCCUCCCUCCCCCCGCAGCCUCCCCGUCCUUCAUGCACAGCGUCUUCAGCCCCAUCCUGCUGCUCAGCCUGGUCACCAUGUGCGUCACGCAGCUGAGGCUCAUCUUCUACAUGGGCGCCAUGAACAACAUCCUGGAGUUCCUGGUGGACGGGGAUCUGCAGACAGGUGGGUGCAGCUCCCCCCUCCCCCCCCCCGCGGCUUGCAAGGGAAGAGCAGCGCUUGCCCUGCCUGCACAGAGUCAGCCGCCGGGCAUUCUCACGCCAGCGGAACAGUGCCUUGAAAUAUUCUCUAAGCGCCUUUCUCGAAUAAAAAGCCGCCUGACUCGUCGGUGGCCUCCCAAGAGGUCCUUGGGCCUUUAGAAGCAUUGGAAGCCAACAGUUCCUAGUUUCACCUCCCUUCUAUACGUUUAAAGUACAUUUAUGCCACAUUAACAGUCAUGGCUUCCCCCAAAGAGUCUUGGGAACUGUAGUUUGCUACUCACAAAACUGCGAUUCCCAGCACUGCCAACAAACUACAGAUUUUAUAUAAUAAUAAUAAUAUAAUUAUUAUUCAUGCUCUGCCCACCUAGGGUUCUUUGGGGGCUGCCCCAUCAUUCAAAGGCACAGCACUCUCAGUUCAGUGUCAGGAAUCGCACACAUUCCACUGAGGAGUGUGGCGCUCACAUGCGCUUGUCAUCUUGGCCACCCAGGAUGACUUUGCCACUGGGUGGUUCCUGCACAGGGUGAAAUUAGGGUGUUUUGUGGCGGGGGGGUGGGGGAGGCUCAGGAAGCCACACUGUGCGGUGCUCCUUGCAGACCCCUCUUUGUGCUGGGUCUUCAGGUGUUGCCAGCACCUGCUGCUACCAGCUGGGUCCAGCUGGCCUGGUUGUGCCUCCAAGCACAGGCUGGCAGACGCCCCUCUCUACGAGGGCAGCCACCGGCUGAAUGCCAGGCUAAUUUCGGCCCUGUUUCCGUGACACCCUUGGGUGUCUCGCGGCUCAGGGGUAGCGGAGUUCAGUUCCUCAGAAUGCCCCGACAACUCUUUCUGGUUUGCGGGAGAAAAAAAUUGGUCAGCUGCAGUUUGUGCUGCUGCUGCUGCUGGCGGCUGGGGGGGGGGAGUUUCCUGGCUCUCACUUCCCUUCCUCGCCCUCCCCACAGCGAAGGGAGAAGCCCAGCAGCUGACAGGGUGUCACUGGGGGAGAGGGGGUUGUGCUUGUGAGCUUCAGUGCCGCUGACUCAAGGCCCGUAUUUAUAGCGGCUGGAAGGGAGCCAGCCAGGAAAGGGAGCGAUUUCCAUGAGCUGGUUGUUUGUCUUUUGCACAACAAGACGAAACCAUUUGUGUCUUGCGCACCGAGAUCCAGUUUGGGCUUGUUAAAUCUGGAAUCUGCGAGGCAGAUAAAUCAAGAGGCGCUUUCAUGAAAACAACAGGGAGGCUCAGGGGAAGGGAAGCGCAGCCGAGCGAGCAAGUGGCCAGGCGGGCGGCCGGCCGGGGGGGGGGGGCUUGAAGCUGAGCGGCUGCCAGGCCGACCCCCUCCCACUCCUCCUCUCCUUGGGGCUUCGCUGCUUGGCAAGCUCUGCUGGGGGGGGGGGCAGCCUUUCGGCCUUCACUCUGGACUUCCAGACCCCCACUUCCCUCCUGACUCUGCUCUGGUGUCCUCAAACUCCUUUGCCCCCAGCCUGGGGGGCUGUGGCUGCAUCUCCUCAGGGGGCUGGGUCUUGCUGUUUACCAGCCCUCCACCGAGGAGGCGCCCGGGCUCAGGACCUGGGAGUGUUACACAAAGGACAGAAGGGCCCAUCUGUGACCCUGCAGAGGCUCCAACUCCCACCAUCUCCCUGUCCAUGCUGGCUGCUGGAGGAGCACAGCACCUGGACGGCCACAGGUGUCGCCUCCGUUUUGAAGGGAUACAUCCCAGCUGCUUGCCUGCCCCAAAGGGCACCACACACAGUGCCCCUCCUUUGCUUGUUGGCCAGCUGCGCUCCCCUCUCAGUCUCCCCUUUCCAGCCACCCAAACCCCGCAGGCCUUCGCCUGGCCCUGCCCUGACGCCGCCCUUCCUCUCUCCCUCCCAGUGGACCUUUACACCACCAUCUUCGGAGUCCUGCAGCUCCUCUGCUUGAUGACGGCCCCCGUCAUCGGAUACAUCAUGGACUGGAAGCUCAAGGAGUGUGACGAUGGCGCUGCGGAGGAGGCGGACGAGGGGAGCGCCCCCGGCCAGUGAGUAGCGCAAAGGCAGGCUGCGAGGGCACUCGCUGCCCUGUGGAUCCUCCGUCUGGGGAGGGGGACCCCCAGCUCCUUCCUCCCCAGGGGAGUCUAACCAGACGGGAGGAGUCUGAGGUCACUAGGCCAAGGCUGGAAGCACAGUCUGCCCAGCCCUCGGCUGACCUAGAAAGACCGAGAGCCUGGAGGCCAAUGUGGAGAGAUGCCUCCGCCUUUGUUUUUGCCAGGAGCCAGCGGUUGGCCUGUGGCUAGACUUCCCCGGCCAGCUUGCCACCCAACCAGCUGCCCUCCUGGGCAAAAGGGCAUCCCAGGAGUGGGGAGCGUCUGAGCUCCUCCAGCAGAUACUGGGCUCCCAGCAGUCCGGGAGGAGGGGCUCAGCUGCUGCCCACUGCUGGCAUGACCCCAGGGCUUGUGUGUGUGUGUGUGUGUGUGUGUGUGUGUGUGUGUGUGUGUGGAACAUUGGCCUUUGGGCCCCUCCAGAGGGUCUUAGGUGGGUCUGCAGCAGCACAAAACACCCUGCAAGUAUCUGGUAAAACAACUUAGAUGUGACUGCCCCAAACACUCGUGUGGGUAAGAGGUGGGUCACAGGCCUGAAAAGGCUGAGGACUUGGGGCAUGGUGGGUGAAAAGAGGGGCAUACUCCUGUGACCCCUCUUUCUUUGCCAAGCAAUUGAGACUCCACAGCAGGGACCCCCACCAGGCAGCAGGAUUGAGGGGCAUUGCCCAGACCCCGACUGCUGUGACUUAGGAGCACAGGAAACUGCCUUGGACUCAGCCAGACCCCCAGUCCAUUUACCCCAGUACUGCCUACACUAACUGGCAGCAGUGGCUCUCCAGGGAUUCCCCUCCUUGCAGAUGCCUGGGACCUUCUGCAUGCAAAGCAGCUGCUCUUCCUCUAAUUUGCUGAUCUAUUCGAUCCUUUUUUUGUACCACCUUCUCUCCCAAGGCGUUGGGAAUCUCACACCAUCUUUUGUUGUGCAGUGAAGGCUGGAGACCUGGGCCUCCCACCUCCCUUGCGGAUCUCCCACUGGCCCCUGCAAGCCCCUCUGACCCCCUCCGUUCCUCUCUCCCUCUCCCUGCAGGGGCAGCAAGAAGAAGCGCCGAGACAGGCAGAUCCAGAAGGUGGAGAACGCCACCCGUGCUUUUGCUUUUACCAAUCUGCUGCUGGUGGGCUUUGGGAUCACCUGCCUCAUUCCCAACCUGCCUUUACAAGUGAGUAGCUGGCAGGGAGAGCAGUUGUCAAAGACUCAGCACAAUAGAGGGCCAGGAGGUGCUGUGGGGGCCAGUCUAGGUCUCACCUGUUUGCUGGCUUAGCGGACCUUGCGUCUCCUGUGAGCAGGAUCCCCACAUACCAGCCUGUUUGAACAAGGUGCCCCUCCAACACCACCUGCUCCCAGUAGGCAGACAACAUGGGCUGAGUUGAAAAAUGCUUGGUCAUAAGACCAUCAGAAGGACCUGUUGGAUCAGGCCACGUUGUGUGCAAAUGUCCUUUCUCUUCUGACAGUCAGCUUUGUGGGACGUCUCUGGGUUCGAGUGUGCUGAUCCUUCUUCAGUGCUUCUGUGGAUGGAAGGGGGUCCCCGUGGAGGGGAGGGGGGCAGCCCUGCAAGCUCCCCAGAGGGAAGAGGGAUGGGCAAGUAGUGUGCUGGGCAUUCAGAAGGUGACUUGGGGUGAGAAUUCAGGGUUGCGUGUCUUUCCCCCUUUUCCAGAUCCUUUCCUUCAUCUUGCACACCAUCGUGAGAGGGUUCAUCCAUUCUGCCGUGGGCGGCCUCUACGCAGCCGUGUAAGUCUAGUCCUCAGCCGGCCUCUGGCCAUGUAUGUUUGCCCAAUCGCCCGCCUGAGCUUUGCUGCCGCCCACUUUGUUUACAGGCACCCAGUUCCCGGCUGGGGAUGCUCCUUUUCCCUGGCCACCUUGCCCUACCUUCCAGCCCGUUUCUGGGUCAUGUUUUUCCUCCUUCUUGGAUUAGCUUAUGAGCAGCUGUGGCUGCUGGCUGUGGGCCUGCUUCUCUGGGUGUUGCUCAAGGCUGAACAUGACCCACAUGCUUUCAUCCUCUCCUCUGCACCUGAUACCCAUUUGAUGUCACCCUCUGCUCUGGUUGCAGCAUUCCUGGUGGGAGCAAAACAGUUUCCUAAUCGCAGGCCCAGCCCAGGGUUCCCGCCCUCUGCUUAGGCCACCCAGACGCUUCUCUCCACCACAACACCCCCUUCCUUUGGUGAGCCCCAUCUAGGCCAGAGUCUCUGGGGGAGCCCAAGGAUGCUGUCCUCUCCUCUGAUUCUAUCAGGCAUGCAACGCUCAACCCAUAACCAGAUCCGGUUUCAGCUGCUGCAGCUCAGCUUGACCUGACUUGGGUGUUUUUGUCCUUGGGUUUGUUUUUUAAUCAAAGAAGUAUAUGAAUGUGAUGAUCAAUGCGGGAGUUGUUGGUCCAGCUCCAGUUCUUGGCUUUUCAACAUUGCUCAACUGGAGGAGGAGGAGGAGGAAGAGAAGCCCUCUGGCCUGCUUUCCCAGGCUCCUGUUUUCUCCUGGCAACCUCCAGCCUUCAACACUUUCCAAUCAAUGAUGCUGAUCUGCCUGGCUUGGCUGGGCCACUCCUCUAGGGCUCCUUCGUGCCCAGGCAGGCGGUGGGAAGGGAGCCAAGGCUUGUAGCCCAACCUGGACUCUUGUUUGCUCAGAGGUGCCCCACAUUCCAGCUCAGGGUGUGUGGAGAGUUGAAAUCCAGGGGCCUGUGGUCCAAAGCAGUUGUUUCUGGCCAAGGGCCCUCUAGUCUGGGGUGCAAGUGAUCUGGCCCAAGGUCUGGACUCAGGGCACAAAUGCCAUAAAUAUUUUAGCUUCCUCUCCCACCUGCUUUAGGGAAGCUUGGAGCACGUUACCCAGAAGCAUCCCUUCGGGACAGCUAAAUUUGAUCAGUUAAACUUGUGCAUUUAGCCUUUUGUGGGAUUUGAUGGUGUGGAAACCAGACUCCUGAGGACUGUAGGCUUUCCCUGCUUCCAAACACAAACAUCUAGUCCUCAUUUUUGCUUGGGCAAGGGGGAAAAUAAUCUCUGCCCAUGUUCUGCUUUGAAGGUAGAGGAGGGAAACUGCAGAGUUCCUCUCCUGCAUCCUGCCCUGUGGCUGCUCCAGCUGUGCUCUGCGUGGGGCAGAAUUGCCCAGGCUGCUGCUGGAGAGGCUGGAAUGAAGAACGCCAGGAGCGUGAAUUGCCAGGGAGCGGCAGGGCUUUGGGGAGAUCUUGCUUUAUGGCUGCUUGCUGUGUCUGCCACGUGGGGCCUUUCUGCUCGGAGCCUCCGUGCCCCUGAAUGCCAGCGGUGAAGAACAUAAGCAGAGCCCCGGCGCUGAAUCCGGCCACAGGGGCUCAUCCAGUCCAGCACCCUGUUUUGUGGCUAGAAAGGGAAGGUCACACGGGCAGGUCCUGAGGGCAGCAGCCCCCUCCCCACAUGCGACUCCUGGUGACUGGCACCCAGGGGCGUUUACUGCCUCCAGCAGAGGAGGAAGGUAAGGCAGGAAGGGGGCUUCUGCCUUCACACCCUGCUUUCAGGGCUUGCUGGAAGCACCUGGCUGGCCGCUGGACUGGAAUGCAGAUGUGGACGGGGCCUCCUGCUCAGAUUCUGAUGGGCCGUUAGAAAAGUCUCCAAGGGCCUUUGCUUCCAGAGAGUAAUGGGCUGUGGGGCUGGGCUCAGGGAGGAGCCCCCCGUGGCCAGGCUGUGAGUGCAGAAACAUGACUGCCCCCUUUCUCCCCCCUCUCCGGCAGGUACCCCUCCACACAAUUUGGCAGCUUGACAGGGCUGCAGUCUCUGGUCAGCGCCCUCUUUGCCCUCCUGCAGCAGCCCCUCUUCCUGGCCAUGAUGGGGCCCUUGGAAGGAGACCCUCUCUGGGUAAGUAAGUGGUUGGGCGGCUGGCGCAGUGGAGCUCCCAGCGCUUGGCUUUUGUGCAGAGGAAACGGCAAGGGACAAUUAGUCGACUGCAUCUUACUCAGGAGACCCAUUUAAAUCAAUAGACCUGGCCUCUGUAGCACUAUCCAUGUUGAUGAGGUUAGUCGGAGUAGAGCGGAGUUGGAGACAAGCCUUUAAUUCCAAAAGCAGCCUUGGGGGGGGGGCGUUCCUGAGCAGGCAAAGGGCUGGGAUAGCUCUCCCCCCUCCAGCUGUUUCUCUGCUCAGCACUGAUGCCCCCACCCAGGUGCUUUUCUCAGCCACAGGCACUCCUCGCCCUCUCCUGUGGGGAAAACACGCCAGGGCUGGUGGGGCUGAUCUUUAAGUGGGCACAAGCAGUUGGAGGGGAGGCAAAGGAGACCCUCUCUUGGCCGUUCCUCUGCAGAGACUUGAAGCAAGAAGCUGCCUUUGGUUUGGGAGAAAACCGCGUCGGGGGUGUGUGUGUGUGUGUGUGUGUGUGGGUGAAGCCUUUUCUGUGGCGGCCCAUUCUGGCUGCUUCUGCCUCCCUCUGGUUGGCAGGGCUCUUGUAAAAGCAGGAAACCCGUGGCCACAGCAAUUCUUAGCACCCAGGUACCCCCAAGCGAGGAAGCCCCCAAGCAGGCAGGGUUCGGAGGGCAGCAGCAACUCUCCCCUCUUGGGGUUCACCCCAGCCGGCACCCAGCAUUUACUGCCUCUGGCAGUGCAGGAACGACAGAGCCUUUGACAGGGGCUGCUGCCUCCUCCUCCUCCUCCUCUGGGGCAGAAGGUUCUGGGACCCAGUCUGCCGCUUCUGCCACACAGGCUCCCCCAUGGCACCCUGGGCUCUUUGCUGCAGCUCCUGCUCUGGAAGGUGUUCCAGGGCCUGUUUGGGAAGUGGAGGAGGCUGCUUGGAUCCUCUGGCUGGGCUCCCAGAGGCCACGUUGUUUUCUGUUUAGACAGCAGAGCACCUGACACCUGCCUGGGAGCAGCCUGGUCUGUUUCCAAAUCAUGAUGGGGGCACAUGGGUUGCGGAGCGCAGCAGAGCAGUGCUGCCGGAGGGAGGCUGGCAGGAGCAGAGGACUCCUUCCUGUGGGCGCUGUGUCUUCCCGGGGCAUUUCCAGCUUCUGUUUCUUCCUGGGUUUGGGGCUAGCACAGACCCCUUCCCUCCUUCCCUUACAGCUGGAGCUACUGUGGGGAGACCCCAGUGGGUGCUGCUGGCCUGCAGCAGGAGUUUGCAGAGCUCUUGUGGCAACCAGCCAGUCUGGGAAGGAGCCACUUCCACACAAUGCCUUAAAAAAAUCCAUCCCCCCCCCAAAAAGGGUUUUCAAGGGAGCAGAGCCCCCACGCUCCUAGGCUGCUGCAGGAGAUCUUGGCUUGUUGGCCAGCGAAUGAUACCCAAGCAGAUAAUCCCAAGCGGGGUGGGGGCAAAAUCCUGGCCACAUGGGAUCUUCUCCAGCUCUUCCCCCCCCAGCCCAGAUCUGAGCAGGAGGUCAGAUCCUGCCCUCCAACCAACACCUGGCCUUGUUGUGUAAACAUACCCAGGUUGCACAGGUAAACGGCCUUGGUCCAGUAUAUCUGAAGGAGCGUCUCCAUCCCCAUUGUUCAGCCCAGACACUGAGAUCCAGCACCGAGGGCCUUCUGGCGGUUCCCUCGCUAUGAGAAGCCAAGUUACAGGGAACCAGGCAGUGGGUCUUUUUGGUGGUGGCACCCGCCCUGUGGAACGCCCUCCCACCAGAUGUCAAAGAGAAAAAUAACUACCAAACUUUUAGAAGACAUCUGAAGGCAGCCCUGUUUAGGGAAGCUUUUAAUGUCUAAUAGGUUGUUGUAUUUUAGUGUUCUGUUGGAAGCCGCCCAGGGUGGCUGGGGAAACCCAGCCAGAUGGGCGGGGUAUAAAUUAGAAAUAAUAAUAAUAAUAAUUUAUUUUAUUAACACCCAGGGAGGAGGCCUCACAUCCCUCAGCUGCUUCUCCCCAUCCUGGGGGCAGGGAGAGUAUGCUUUGCUUGCAGAAGGCUCUCCCCUCCAGUUCAAGCUGGGGGAGGCAGGUGCUUCAAGGUGACAUUCCUCAUCAUCCUCACCACUGAGUGUUGGGGAAUCCGACCAUGGGGGCUACUGCCUUAUAGAGUCUAACCAAGCUGGCCCUCUGGCUCAGUAUUGCCAGCACUGGCUGGCAGCAGGGCUUUGGGGCCAUUCCUGUUCCCAGCACUCCCUGGGCUCUCCCACAGCCCCUCCAAAGCCCCUGUGCAAACAGAUCAGGCUCCAGGCAGGCUGAGCUGCAAGAACCAACCCUCUGUUGCUGGCCUGGAGCAGCUCCUUUGCUGCCAUCGCCACACCCUCCUCCUGCUCCCUGUACAAAGGCACCUCAAGGAUCUCGGGGCAAAGGGGGGUGCUGGGCAGCUGGAACCCCCUACCCUCACCCCUGCUGCAGGGCCUCUGCUGGCCACCAGGCUCUUCAUCUUGGGCUGAGCUUCAGCCUUUCCUCUGCCCUCCUCCUCCUCCUCCUGCUGACACUGCCGGCCUCUUCUGUCCUCCUGCAGGUCAACGUGGGGCUCCUGGGGGCGAGCAUGCUGGGCUUCUGCCUCCCGCUCUACCUGAUCUUCUUCCGCCGGCGGCUGGAGCGCGAGAAGCAGCAGAAGAGCGAAGAUGCCAAGCUCUUCCUCAAGAUCAAUGGCACACCCAGCCAGGAGGCCUUCGUCUAGGAGGUGGCUUCUCUUUGCCGGACUGGGCUGGGAGCCUCUAUGGGCAAAGGCAGCAGCAUCUCCUCCCACUCGCUGGUGGUGCUGCUUGUGCCCCCCUCGCAGCUCCUGCCUUGUCCCCCUCUGCCCAGCCUCCAGAGACAGGCAGUGGCUGGGCCAGCAUGGGCCUCACCUGAGUCCUCUAUGGCCACACACAGCGUCACGCCUCUUCCGCUCCCUCGCUGCUUCUUCACGGGACUCUGGUGCCGCAGGGGCACUGACUGGUUGCAAAAGCAGAGCCCCUUCACUGCCCCCAACUGCAGCUUGCGCCAGUGCAGGACACAGGUGCUCUCCUGCCGCUCUCCUCUGCCCUCUGCCAUUCCUGGAGCCCAGAAGCAAGCCUCUUCCCCCUGCCUCCAGACGCCAGUCCGUCCUCCAGCCUGACGGGGCGGGGAGAGGAGGGGAGCCCAAUGGGACUCUGCAGACUGACCUGGGCAACAGCCACGGACCUCUUCGUUCUGCUCCGGACAGGCCUCAUGGCUACUUGCUGCAGGGCAAGGGGCUGCCUCUGGGCCACUGAAGGAGCAAGGAAGAUUGGGGGGCACAUCCAGCUGGCCUGGAUCCUAGUGGUGGAGGAGCUGGGGCCCUCCCCCUUGCUGCCCACUGGUCUGAUGUGAAGUUGGCACUGAAUUUUGCAGGGUUGCUGGGAGCCGGGUGCGUGUGUGUGGCGCUUGCUCUCCUCUCUGCCUGGGGAGGGAGCAGCUCCUGCUUUGCAAAGCAAUAAAUAGGCUGGCGGGGGGGCCUAGACUGAGCUCCAGGGAGGCAAGCUUGAUGAAUGUUCCCCUAUCCCUUUCUUGAAAGGGAUGCCACAAGCUUGCCCACCCCUCUCCAUCCGUAGCUAUUUGGGGAUCUCUCAGGCCAAGGGGGGUCAGGGUGGCGGAUGUCUUUGCCCCGAAGGUACUUGGGCUAACCCUGAUCCUCUUCUACUGGCAGCCUGGUGGAGCCUCUGCGCCCCCUGGUGGCCGACAAUCACUCCACAGGGAGGGCCAUUUACUCACACGUAGUGACAAUGGCAAGGAUGACACAGCCUGUUUUGUGUGUUCUGAACAACCUCCUCCCCUGCUGUCUUGUCUCUUAAAAAAAGAAAGGAAAACCCAGACAUGGUUUGAGUGCUGAUUUCACAAAUCUGUCAUCAAAAGAGCCUUCCUCCUAGGGCAGGGAAGGGUUGGCUGCUCUGACUAGCAGCUGCUUCGGUGGGGCAGGACAGGGAUGUGGGUCUUCCACAUCUUGCACUCCCUGGGAUUGAAACUCCCCCACUCCCCUUUAUUAGAAGGAUGGGUGGGGGUGAUACCCUGCUCCCUCCCUCCCUCCCUCUUUGUUUCUGAAAUGCAGACAGGGAAGGGGAGGAGAAGAGGCAAACCUUUAACCAAGAGAAGCUCUGGCGGCAGCAGAGGGAGUCUGCUGUGAUCCAUUAUUGAGGUGGGGAGUGGGGCUCAUCACUGGGGUGUGGGGGGAGUUAAACUGGAGCUAACCGAGGGGAGAUUCGGAACCUGAAGAGCAAGGGCUACCACCAGUGUAAGCGCACAAGCACAAACAUGCGGUGAGAGGUUGCAUUAUUUUUAAAGCAGUGGCUGCAGUUUUCUCUUAGGCUGCUUCUGCCCCAACCUCUUCUUGCAGAAACCUUCCAGGUCACUCCAGGGGCUCUUCUCUCCCCAUCUGGGGAGGGGGGAAGGAAAUGGGCAGGAAGCUUAACCUCCCAGGCCAGGAUGCUAAGGCAGGGGGAGAAGACCCUCUUACAGGAACCUCCCCCCCCCCCGCCGCCUUCCAGAAGUGGUGUCAGCUGCAGAACUGGCCUCUUCCUCCAGCUCUGAUGCCCCGAGCCUCACACGCCCCCCCCCCACUUCUCCCUGCCCCAUCACCCUCAGGGCUGCCACCUGCCAGCUCCUCCCCGCUCUCUUGUCCUGGCAAGCAAAGGCUGGCACCCUCUGCUAGGCCUGCCCAGCUGCAGAGACAGAGCCCACCUCUGCCAGCAGUGAGCUUUGGGGAGGGGGAGAGAGAGAGGUAAGGGCUGAUUGGAAGAGAGCCCCUUUGAACACACGAGGUGCCAGCAGGCACCCUGACAUUUGCAGGACAAGAAAAAAGUGUGUCACCUGUGCCAGGAGAGCUCAGCCCAGUGAAGGCUGAGCAUGCUCAAUAGCCACAGCAUUGCAUCUGUCCUUGGGCAUAACACUGGGAAGCUCUGGUGGGCCUUCCAUCCCCUGGGCUGUGCUAAAAGAGCUGUCAAAGGAUGAGAGAUGCUCCUCCACCCCAUUUCUUGGCCCCAGAGCAGCCAAUAUUCAUAAAACACGCUCCCUGUAAAACAGCU